AUGGACGACUCAUAUUUAGACGUCGGAGUCGAUUAUGUCGACGAGUGUAAAAUAACGCAAAAGCAUUAUCAUUCGUUCACUCCAUACUCAAACAUGUCAAUAUCAAAUAACGAUGAAAUUAGAAUAAAUGUUUUAAAUAUGGACUCGUACACUUUACCGUGUGAAAGCUAUAUUUACAUUGAGGGGAAAGUAAAUAAACCUGCUGAUGCUGUUGGAGAAGUACGUUUUUCAAAUGAUGGAUUGGCGUUUUUAUUCUCCGAAAUGCGUUAUGAAAUAAAUGGAAUAGAAAUACAGAAAUUAAAAACACCUGGAGUUUCAUCUUGCUCGUAUACUCCAAACGAUUCGAAUAUGUUAGAGAACGCUGCUUGGGACUCAGCGAUGGAUGGUGAAGAUAAUAAAAACUUUAUGAGCAAUAAUGUAUUUACCGGGUGUAUCCCUCUAAAACAUUUAUUCGGUUUUUGUGGAGACUAUUAA